AUGCAGGCUGAUCAGACGGUGUUGAGCUUAAGACCAGGUGGUGGAAACCGAGGGAAUAGAGUCCUUGGACCACGUUUUGAGUCGUCGGCUUUCGGUUCUUCUUCGAAUUCUGAUCUUCCGAUUCUUCGUCCUUAUGGCGGUCUUCCUUCUAUCUUUACCAAGACUGGAGACUCCCGAUUUGAGGGCCGUGAGCGUGUCCAGUAUACCCGAGACCACCUGUUGCAACUUAGGGAGGUCGGUAACGUUCCUGAGGAUAUUCUAAAAAUCAAGCGAGAAGUUGAAGUUGAAUUUUUUGGUGAAGAUCAAAGCUGGAGUCGUGGAGAAAGCAAUGUGCACAAUCAGUCUCAGGGUCGUUAUUCUGAGCUGGACAAUCGUGAUUGGCGUGGUCGUGCUCCACAGUUUCCUCCUCCUUUGGAAGAUAAGUCCUGGGAUACGAUUCGGGAGAAUAGAGAGUUUAGUGGCCGAUUUGAGUCUAGACAACAGGAAGCAAACCAAUAUAAUGCAAGAGCACAAAUCUCUUCUAACCAAGGGGAUAUAGCAGCACCUCGUGUGAUACCCGGUUAA